CGGAAAAACUUGCUUCUAAGACUAGCUAGUUGUAGCUAGUAGACAAAGUAAGUUCUUUGAAGUAGAGUAGGUAGCAUCUAUGAAGCUUAAGGGUCAACUCCGUUGAGCAAAUUUCGAAAAUGCCUAAAUAUAUCCGUGACACACUAGCAAUAUAGCGCCGGAGAUUUUCUGUGGAGUUGAAAAAACGCUAGUUGAGUAGGCUACAAAGAAGAAAUCGGAUUCCAUAGAGGAGAGGUCACGGCUACAACGUUGUUAUACAUAUAACACAAGAUCAAGAUACACCGAACAGCCCCCACAGAUUAAAGAGGAACAGGAGCUGUGGACCAGUCAGGAGGAAGAGCAGCUCCAAGGACUGAAGUCUGAAACUACAGAUUCUCUAGAUUUACCAAGGAGUUUUAUGGUUUUAGCGUCAACAUGUCUAAAUUAAACAUGAUCAGAAAUUUUUUAAGUGAGAGACUGACAAUGGCGGCGUUGGAGAUUUUCGAGGUCGUUGAAGUAAUGUUUGCUGAGUGCCAAGACGAAAUCUCUCGUUCCAAGGAGGAGAAUGCGCGGCUACAACGGCUGUUGGAUGUUGUCACUAAACCUAAUAUCACAUUACACAGAACAGAUGUGCAGCAGCUCUCUCUCCCGGAGCCCCCACAGAUUAAGGAGGAACAGGAGCUGUGGACCAGUCAGGAGGAAGAGCAGCUCCAAGGACUGCAGUUUGAAACUGCAGACUUCAUCUACACUUCUCCCAGUGUGAAACAUGACUCUAAUCAGGAGGGCUCCUCUGAAUCUUCACAUCUUGACCAGACUGUUAAAGUGGAGUACAGAGAAGGAGACUCUCUACCCAGCAACACAACUGAGGAAAAAAUCAACCAAGAGCCUCAUGUACAAGAUUAUGCAGCACCAGAACCAGGCAGUGACUCUCAGCCCCUCUCUGUUUUAGCUACAGACUGUCCUGCAGCUCAGAGUUUGGAGGAGGAGGAACAUGGAGGAGUGAUACUUUUACAGAACAGAACACAAAACAAUGAUGCUCUUCCAAGGGACAAUAGACCACAGGGAAGUCACACAGGAGAGAAACCCCAUCAGUGUCAACAAUCUCCAGAUUGUCCUGCAGCUCAGAGAUUGGAGGAGGAGGAACACGGAGGAGUGCUGCUAUUACAGAACAGAACACAAAACAAUGAGGCUCUUUCAAGGGACAAUAUACCACAGGGAAGUCACACAAGAAAAACAAUACAUCAGUGUCAACAAUGUAACAAAUUAUUUGCUGACAAAGGUAAUCUUGUUAGUCACAUGAAAAGACACAAAGCAGGGAAACCUUUUCAGUGUCAACAAUGUAACAAACGAUUUGCUCAGAGAGGUACUCUUGUUGAUCACGUGAGAACACACACAGGAGAGAAACCUUUUCAGUGUCAACAAUGUAACAAACGAUUUGCUCACAAAAGUACUCUUGUUAGUCAUAUGAGAACGCACACAGGAGAAAAACCUUAUCAGUGUCAAAAAUGUAACCAACGGUUUGCUCACAAAAUAAGUAUUGUUGGUCACAUGAGAAAACACACAGGCGAGAUACCAUAGUGUGAAUUAUGUAAUGUUUUAUGCCAGAAGAGGUUGGUUUAUCUAAUGAGAAAUUAGGAGUUUGAAUUGAUUUCCUGUCCACUGGGUAUUAUAUGCUUUGCUUCCUUCCUUGUUCUAUAUGCUGGUGCCAAGCAAGGAGCACCUUCCACCUUAGAUACCGUUACCUUCCACCUUAAUUACCGCUACGUUCCACCUUAGAUAUUUUCUAGAAUGUUUAAAAAAAGUUUUGAAAUUAAAGUUUCUAAGGCCUUGUUGACACUUGACUCCUUUUUUCUGAAAAAAGCGCUGCCUUCAGCGCCUUUUGAACACCUUUUCAGAAAAGCGCUGGGUGACGUCAAGCGUAUUUUCCUUACGAGAAUUAUGUAACCUGAACGGAAUCAUAUAGUCUAGCGAGACAUUAUUAUCCGUUAUUUUCCGUUGAUUACUUAUCGACAGCUAGCUACUAUGGCCAAUAAAAUGCAAUUCCUUGCUUUAGCUUUGGCGUUUGAGUUGCCAUAGCACUAGCCAUAGCCUGGUAACUAAGGUAGGUUACUAGGGAAGGUACACUCAUACCUACUCUCCUCGUCCUGAUUGGUCAGCUGUUUAUAUGGCGCUUGACGUCACCCAGCUUUUUUCUGAAAAGUUGAGAAAACUGAACUCAAAAAGGCAUCGGGCUCAGCGCUUUUUUUAGACGUUUUUAAAAGGCGGACGCUUUUUUUGAAGGGCGUCCGCCUUUUUCCUUUUCCCAUAGGGUUGCACGCUCUUUUCCAAAAAAAGAAGUCAAGUGUGAAUGUGGCCUAAAAGUUUUUAAAAGGUUUUGAAAGGUUGAAUGACAGAUUUUUCCCUAGAUGCCUGAAGAAGCUGAUGUGUAGAUGACCUUAACCUUAGAAAACGUUUGUAGUGAAGAUAGUCUAUUUCAGUAGUCUGUAUUUUAAACAAUAAAAAGUUUUACUGGAACUUAUUUUGUAUUUUA